CUCCUCUCAAACUACUAUCAAAAGUUUAGACUUAUUACAGAAACAUCCCAACCUAAUUAAAUCCGACUAGAACCUCAGCGAUUGUCGAACAAAGCUGAAGAACAGUCACCCAACAGGAACAAGAAAUCUCUAGCAUCGACGUGAAAUCUUUUGAAUCAAGAUUACGUUGCUCCUCAAACUUGUCUAGAGUAUUUCUAACUUCUUGGGGAUUAUGAGAACAACCUUUGGAUAGAUGGCUGGACAUGUUCCGUCUACAUUCGAGGGAAAUUUUAUACAAGGGAUGGCAUGUCGUGGUCCAUUUCCUGCUCACCACCCUUUGGAGCGUCGUCAUCCGAGCGAGCGUGAGCUCCUGGAGAACAAGCUGGCUGCUCAAAAAGCAGACAUAGAACGAUACACUAUGGAAAAUCAGAGAUUGGCAGAUACUCAUGUUUCCCUAAGACACGAACUUGUUGAUGCUCAGCAGGAGAUGCAGAAGCUUCAGGCUCACAUCAGAAGCAUCGGAACAGAAAGUGAUAUUCAGAUUCGACUUUUGGUGGAUAAGAUGGCCAAAAUGGAGGAGGAUGUUAGGGCUGGGGAGAGUAUUAAGAAAGAACGGUUACAGGCACAUAUGGAGGCAAAAUCCCUAAUUGUUGUGAGGCAUGAGCUUAAUGCUCAAAUUAAACACGCUACUCAGGAAUUACAGGAGACCCAGUCUGGGGUCAAAUCAUUACCAGAGCUCCAUGGAGAGCUUAAUAGUUUGUCCCAAGAACACCAGAGGUUACGGGUCACGUUUGAAUCCGAAAAGGGUUUGAACGUGGAGCUAGUAGAACAAUUGCAAAGAAUGGAGAACAUUAUGAUGUCAAUGGCAAAAGAAGUGGAGAAGUUACGUGCCGAGGUGGCCAAUGCAGAAAACAGAGCUUAUGCAGCAUCAAAUGCUUAUGGAGAAGUUUUCGGAAACCAAGAUCCUUACGCAGCACUCCCUCCUCCCCCUCCUUCACUCCUACCUCCCCCUCCUUUACUCCUACCUUCGCCUCCACCUCCACCUCCUUUUCUCCCACCUCCACCUCCUCCACCUCCACCAUCCACUCCUCCACCAUCUACCCCGGUGAUUGCUGCCCAAGUUGAUGGUGGCUACAAUGGGAAUCCUAUAAAGACUGGUGUUGGGACAUCAGGUGAUGCACAAAAUGUAUAUGCAAGGGGCGCCACUACCGCCCUUGCUGGUUCUGCUAGCAGUAGUAAUGGUGGUGCUGUUGUUGGUGCUGGGGGUACCACAGUAAGUAGUGGGGCCAGGAGCGGAUGCGAAAGAUGAAAUAAUGGACUUCUUCUAACUCUUCGAGACUUUUCAACUGGACGAUCCGAUCUUUGUCCAACCGCGAGUCGUCGCUAUUGAGAGCACAAGUGUACGCGGAGAUACUAAACACGCCACGACCUUACUGGUUUUGAGGUCUUCGUCGGAGUAAAUAAGGGACUGAUAACAACCUUACUACUGGUCUUGAGGUUCAUUUAUGUCAUGGUCCUGAUAGCGUCCCUAGAUGAUGAACAAGGUUCCCAUCAAAGAAAAAACGAGAACAGGCUUGUGCAUUUAUGUCAAACAAGAUUUCUCUAUCAGAAAAGAAAAGAAAUGUCAAACAAGGCUAGACUUAAACAAACACCCCAGAUUUGGUCAAGUUUCUUAAAUGUAAAGUAAAGUGUUGUGUAUUAUCUUUUGAUUAAAAAAGUUUGGAACUUUGGAUCA